UCCAGCACCUCUCACAGAUACCAAGGCAGCCAUAUCCUCUGCAACAGCAGCAAAACCUUUUAAGUCAGCAACAAAAUCAUUUGCCUGAACAAAACCAAAUGCCGCCCCAGCAAAGCCAGGUAGUUCAGCAGCAUAAUCACUUGAAUCAGCAGCCUCCACAACCUUCGCAGCUUUCCCCUGCUUACCAGGCAGGCCCCAGCCAAUCUUUUUUUAAUAAUCCAAUUCCCCACCGACCGCAUUCUCCUGCUGUAGAUGCUGUGAUUUCAGAGCAACACCCCCCACCUAUGUUACAAGAAGUCAGUAAUCCUCUGAGGCCUAUUGCACAGCACAACCCCGUUCUGCCAACCCACUUGAACAACUUCAUUGAAGAGAACCCGUCAGGAAAAACUUUAGAUCGUAUGCAUGGAAAUGUAGCUUUGGAAACAAUAAGGCAGCAACAACAAGCCAGGUUACAGCAAUGGAAUGAACAUAAUGCCUAUCUCAGUCAAGGCACUAUUCCAUAUCAACACCAUCACCAUCCUCAUCUACCACAUCUUCCUCAGCAACCAAUUGGAUUGCAUCAACAGCAGCAAGUUAGGGCAAACUGGAAACUUGCCAGUAAUACAGAAGAUGAAACAGAGGCAACAUAUUCAAGAUUCCAGGAUUUGCUCCGAGAACUGUCACACCGUGAUCAAAGUGAAAGUCGGGACUUAGCCGAAAUGCCGCCCCCUCAGUCAAGACUGUUGCAAUACAGACAAGUUCAGCCCAGAAGCCCACCAGCACUCCCUUCUCCUUCCUGCAACUCUAACCACAGCGGUCACUUCCCUACCUUCACCGAAAACAACAGAGACAUUGAAAUACCCAGUAACCCAGCAUUUCAGCAACAUUUACCCCAAAUAUAUAAUCCCCCUUUCUCAAUGCCAUCUGAACACAUAACCCCAUCUCCCUUGAAAUACCUGCAACCCGACGGAUCGUGGACUUACGCUAACCUACAGCAGAAUCACCUCAUGGGGCAGGGCUUUCAUUACGGUAUACCUCCAGUGCCCCAUAGGUCGCAACAAAACCCUUUUAUACAAAUCCAGAAUCAUCAGCAUGCAGUUGGUCAGGAGCCAUUUCAUCCACUCGCAUCUCGAGCAGUAUCUGCUUCUUCGCUCCACAGCUUAGAAGAGUAUGAACCAAGAGGACCAGGCAGGCCGUUGUACCAAAGAAGAAUUUCCUCUAGUUCAGUCCAGGCUUGUUCUGAAGAAUUAAGCACUCCUCAAGACAGUCUUGGUCAGUGUAAAGAGCUUCAGGACCACAAUAACCAGUCAUCUUUCAACUAUUCAUCACCCGAGAUGUGGGUAAACUCCUCCUCAUCUGCCCCAUACCCAAACAUUCCAUGCAAUGGAGCCAACAGAGCCGUUCCGCCCCGGGAGCUGUUAGCUCCUCCGAAGACGGUCAAGCCCCCAGAGGAACAGCUGAAGGCCGAGAACAUCCAGCUCUCCAACUCCUUCAACUACAGCGUGCUGCAGCAUCUCGGCCAGUUCCCACCUCUCAUGCCCAACAAGCAGCUCGUGGAGUCCAACAGCAGCAGCAGCCAGCAGAGCGCCGGCGGGAGCAAGCCCGUCAUGUCGUACGCGAGCGCCCUGCGGGCUCCCCCAAAGCCCAAACCUCCUCCUGAGCAGACAAAAAAGAAUAGCGACCCUUUGUCUUUGUUUCAGGAACUUAGCCUAGGUAGUUCAUCAGGUAGCAAUGGCUUUUACUCCUAUUUUAAAUAAUCAGAUUAUUUUUUUUAGAGAGAAUUUAAUUUUUAUUUGUGUCGGUAGGUCUAAGAUAGUUGGGGCUUCACCUGUAGUUGCAAAUAUUCCCUUUGUUUAUAUUAGUAAAUAUAUCCUCACUUAAUUGCUUUGCUGCUAGACUUGCAACUAAUUUUUUUAAUUAUAUUCCAUUAUUUUGCAUUUUUUGAUGUGGGUCGGUUUUUUGGAAGCUUUUCUGUAGGAAAACACACAUAUUAUUUUUUAAUUUGUGUAAUGUUAAUGAUAUGUUGCAUUAAACUAGCAGCUGAGAGGUUAUCUGUACAACUUUAAAAAAAGGAAAAAAAAAAGAAAAAAGGAAAAAAAAGGAAAAAAAAAGUUUGUCUAAAUUGUAUUUAAGAAGAUUGUAAGUAGCAUUUACAUUUAUUCAAUAACAUUAGCAUACUAUGCUGGGUUUCUGUACCAGAAAUGGCCAGUUAAUGUAAAAAUGUAUGUUAUUUCUGCUUAAAUUCAUUUAAUUUUUUUUUUUAAAAUAAAGGUGCAGCAUCUUCUAAAUACUUUCAGUUUUAUCAGCUUUUUUGUGAAGGGAUGCUGCAUUCUCAAGACUUUUAUAGUUUUAGAUUCUGUAUGAUGUGGUAUUGUAUUUUCCAUCCACUGUAGAGUAAAGUAAAGGCAUUCUUUGCAGCCACCUAUGCCAUUGUUUGGAAACAUUCAGAUAAAAAGUAUUGGUAUACUUUAAAAAAAACAAUAAUUAUAUUAAAAAAACAAACAAAAAACUCCAAAAAUAAUAAAAAAACCAAACAAAAAAAAGCAACAACAAAAAAACCCAAAAAAACCUCUACAUUUUAUUUUUGGACAAGCUAGUAAUAUAAGCUUGUUUGAAAAGUUAAUUUGAUAGGUUUUUUAAAUGAAUCAUGAAGCUGAAAAUAAAUUUUUAGGUAUGUUGGUGCUUAGUAGAUUUAAUAACUAUUUUAAAAAAAUGCGUGAAUUUAGUAAAAUACUUUUUUGUUUGUUUGUUUAAAUUUUUUUUUUUCCACUAUGCAUGUGUAAAUGUUUGUAAUCUGGCUUCUCCUCCCCUUCUCCAGUGGUAUAAAGAAUUGUGCCGCUUUAAAUUUUUUUUUUUUUUUUCCGGUAAAACUUUUGGUACAUUAUUUGAUGUUUACAUUAAAAUGUGACAUUAUACAAGGAAAUUCAGAUAUUUUGCUAACUGUUUUGUUUGAGGAACAUCAUUAAAGAAGAGAUUUAAUGUUUGUCAAAGCUGUAUCCAAAUUAAUCUAAAUCUUGUGGGGAUAAGGAUGGUUACCAGGUUAUUUCUCCAUAUGAG